UGAUCAUCAUGAUAGUUCAGCCAAUUUUCACCGGACAUGAUAUACUCACUGGCUGGGGGGUGACGUUGAAUCGAUCAUCGUGUCACUGCUGAGCGCUGAGUACUCAUAUACAAACCACCCACUCCAACGUUCAAACGUUCAUCCGAAUUUCUUAUAUUGAAGAAGAUUUCAUUGACGUACUAGUAGAUCCGGGGAUCACCUAACCAUUGUGCCAACCCAGGGCCGGGACUUUUGUAUUCAAUGGCGCUACUUAAGCUUAAGGUUAGUACAUGUAAUACGUUUCUAUGAUGGACCCGAUAAGUAGUACCGCUGCGCAUCCUCAUUGCGGCAGGGUGGAGUUGUACUACAGUCCAGCGGCAUCACUGCGAUCUACGUCCAAUUGCCCCAGAAGCAUAGGAUAGGCUGCACACAUGGCAACUGCACCUUCUGCCCCCAAUCUUGCCAUCUUCCGCAGCUACGCAUCCAAACCCAAUCCAGCGACUCUACCACCAUCGAUCCUACUCUCUCACUCAGAAACAUGUCUGACGGUCUUCGAUGCGUUCCCUAAAUCCAUUUUUCACUUCCUGGUCAUACCCCGAAUCCAGCCGCCAUUGAGCGCACGCCAUCUCGCAAACUUGCGUUCUUUGCUUCGAUGCGAGAAAAGCACCGCAAAGGAGGUGCUUAUGAACUUGAACGAGGAAGCGAAUAACGUGAAGAAGAUGAUUGAGGAAGAGAUGAUGAAGCUGUAUAAGUUUAAGUGGGAAAUAUGGAUGGGAUUUCACCCGAUUUCGAGCAUGGAACACCUACAUUUACAUGUGCUUUCUGCAGACUUGUACUCUCCGAAGAUGAAGUUGAAGAAGCACUACAAUUCGUUUCAUCCUAGCCUGGGGUUCUUUCUGCAUUUGAAAGAUGUUCUUUCGUGGUUCGAUGCCGUGCCUUCGUAUUAUCAAAGAAUGAUUAAGCUCGAUGCCAGCCAUUAUGAGUCGCUCUUAAAGGACGGCGACCUUUGUUGCUGGCGGUGCGACCGUGCCCUGGCGAGCAUGCCCAAGUUGAAGGCGCAUUUACACGACGAGUUCGAUAAGCUGACGGCGAGGGAGAAGGCGAAGUUGGAGAGGAAAAGGAAACGUAUAGAUGUACCCGCUUCAUCCGUGCAGGCAUCGGCGACUGAUGAUGAGCGACCUGAGAAGAUCGCUCGUUCAACGCCUAGCCAGGGUGAUGGUUCCAGCGAUCCAACUGUAGGUGGUGACCUACCGUCGUAAACAGGUCAUCGGUACUGUCUUUCUUGCGGCUGCAUCCUUAUGGCAUUCUUAGUUCCACGGUACAUUCGUUGAAGCUAAGUGAAGAUGGUCAACCGACUAUACCAUUGCAAAACAUGCGUUGGACGCCAGUAAUUCAAGUUCGUCGUCAUCAGAAGGCCUAACCAUAUGAAUCUCGGCGAGGGACUGGAACUCGGAGCACUACUUGGAGAAGAACAUAACACUAUUUCGCUCGAUGUUGCGAACCCUCCCCUAGUAUUCACCAGAGUGUGCCGCCUUUGGCGAGUCGUUGUACAUUCAACGCCAAGAGUCUGGUCGCGCAUCCAGAUCGUGCUCCCUGGGAAAGUUAGGCCAUGGAAACCAUUUUUUCCAUAUUUCCUCCAGUGUUGGCUUGCUCGCUCUGGCAGGCUUGCU